AUGCUCAGACGUCUCGUAUCCACAUGUCUCAACUCAACCCUCCUCCGUUUUCUUCUCCCCUUCAGCUUCUUACUGGUCCAUUCCCUUCCCGUACGCCCCCAACUCCUCCCUUGUGGCGUGUUUCGACCAUACCUCCCUGCCACCUCCCCUCGUCUCUCUCUCCCCUCCUCUCUCCCUCCUCCCCUCCUCUCUCCCUCCUCCCCUCCUCUCUCCCUCCUCCCCUCCUCUCCCUCCUUUCAAAUCCCUGCUUUCCUGCUGAUCGGCCCCACUGCAUCGUUUGGGUCUGACACUGCCAACUUCCCCCUCUACUCCGAGGUGGCUCGUUGGUAUGCGAGCGGGGUCACAGCCGUGCUGGCACUCAUCGCCACUAAGCUUCUGGGUCGCCCCAUACUGUCGCCAGUGCCCGUCUAUUCCUUUGCUGGCGCUGGUGCUGCCAUCACCAUCACUGCAGUGUGCAUACGAGAGUUGAACGGGCGCAUUGGCAUUGGAGCCACGUGCAUGGUCUAUGCCGUGUGCACGCUCUCACUGCUUCUCUGGCAGUCGAUACUGAGUGGGGCGCCCAUGCUCGUGGGCUCCUGCAGCGGCUCUUCCCCCGUGGCAGCGGUGGGCUGGCGGCGAGUGCACUGGCUGCGGCUGCUGGGGUGUCUGCUCGCGUUCCUGGUCGCCUACAGCUGCUGGCUCUGGUUCCCUCCAGCCUCUGAAGCAGCGCGGGUGCUGCUGCCCUCUGCCACGCCACUCUACUUCUGGCCGCCUGCCAGCAUGGGCGUGCGCUACUGGUGGUGGAUCGGGCCACUUGCUGUGCCCAUAUUCGCGCUCCUCUUAUUCUGCUCUGACGGCCUAGUAGUGGCCCUGCAAGAGAGAGUCUAUCUGCAAUACGACCUGCCAGUCACCUCCCUGGUGCUAUACGUUUCCACAUCCGCCUUAUUCGUCGACUUCUGGGAUAAGCACCCCUGCUUCCUAUUGCCAUUCGCCUUCAGUGACCACUUUGACCGCGCAUUUGGCUUCGUCUUUGAUUGCCCGCAGUGCCUGCUCUACCUCGUGCUCGCCUCCGUGCCAUCAGCGCUGGCAGCCUUUCUAACAGCGUUGCUGCUGAGAGUCUCAGGCGGGCUGGUCUCUUCUCUCGUCUUGCGGGUGAGCCCUCCACCCUCGCAUUGCUACUAUCCUCUCUUGCUUCCUCCCUCUGCUCCCUUCCCUCCCUCUCCGCUCCCUUCCCUCCCUCUCCGGCCCCAUCCCUACCUUUCUGCCCCCAUCCCUUCCUCUUUGCCCCCAUCCCUUCCUCUUUGCCCCCAUCCGCCCCUCUCUGCCCCCAUCCGCCCCUCUCUGCCCCCAUCCGCCCCUCUCUGCCCCCAUCCGCCCCUCUCUGCCCCCAUCCGCCCCUCUCUGCCCCCAUCCGCCCCUCUCUGCCCCCAUCCGCCCCUCUCUGCCCCCAUCCGCCCCUCUCUGCCCCCAUCCGCCCCUCUCUGCCCCCAUCCGCCCCUCUCUGCCCCCAUCCGCCCCUCUCUGCCCCCAUCCGCCCCUCUCUGCCCCCAUCCGCCCCUCUCUGCCCCCAUCCGCCCCUCUCUGCCCCCAUCCCUCCAUCUCAUCUUCUUCCCCAUGCAGAUACUCUCGCUCCUCUUGCUCUUCCCUCUGGACGUCGGCCCAUGCUUUAGCUUUCUCUCUCCGCUCCCUUCCCUCGCUUUCUGUCCCCAUCUGUCUCUCUCUUCUUCUGCCCCAUGCAGAUCAUAA